AUGGAAAAAAACAAGUUUCUUAAGAUUUUACAUCUUAUAUUCUCAUCUCUUUGGAUUGUGCUCAAAAAAUUGAUUUUUAACAAGCUGCCAUUACUGUUCUUUAUAAUUGCCUUUUGCUUCAUGUAUUUCUUUGCAAACAUAAGAACUGCUGAUUCAUCAAUUCUACAAUUAAUGGAUAGAAUCCCAUUUGGAAUUGACCAAAUGAUUAUCUCUUAUGAACGAUAAUAAAUUGAUUAAAACAACUUGAAAUAUUAGAUGCUUUUAAAGGAGAAAAUAGUCAAAGUCCAAAGGAACUGUUAAUCCUUAUUUAAAUGCAUUCCCUCAGGAAUUUUAACUCCACUUUCAUGGAUUAUAGGAGGAGUAGCUGUAAGACAUGAAUAUAUUCUACUUGAAACAAUCAAUCACUUAGCAACAAUUGAAUUGAAAUAGAAUAAAGGGGAUUAUUAUGUAGACAUGCAAAUAUUUGACUACGAUAAGAACUUUGCCAAAUUUCUCAAUAAGGAGAGAGAAUGGAAUCGUGAAUUAGAUAGUUUAACAAAAGAGGAAAUAGGAGAUUUGGAUUUCUUUUAAGUUCAUAAAUUUUUGGGGAUUGUUUUAGUCUGUUGGAAAGGCUUGAACAUGUUUAAAAAAGGAAAAUAUGAAGUCCUAUUUAAAAAUUGCAAGAAUCUGAGCAGAGCCAUCUGUUAUUUUUGUGCCAAAGAACAAAAUAUUGAUUCCAUAAUGCAAAGCAUUCUCGGAUUAUAUACUGAUUGGUUGUGUGAUUACGUAAAGCGAACAGAAAUACAAUGGAUUCUUGAUUACUUUUACAACUAAACGAUUUCAUCUGUGACAAAAAUAAGAACCAUUAUGUCAGAAAUCCACAAACUCAGAUCCAAAAAAGAAGAUGAGGACGAGGUUCUUAAUUGGAAUAUAAUCUGA